AUGGAAAACCAGGAGAAAUUGUGGCUUCAAAAAUCUAGGGUAAGAUGGCUUAAGGAAGGGGACAGGUGUUCCAGAUUUUUUCACGUCAUAACCAGAAUCAAGAGAUCCAAAAACACUAUUAGAUGCAUCACUUUUGAGGAUGGAGUUGAUAUUAGUGCUCGAGAUCAGAUGGGAUCCUAUUUGGCAGAAUAUUAUGAGACAUUUCACAAGAAAGUAGACCUGGAGGAUCACCCCCAUAUUUUUAAUUGCAUUCCCAGAAUUCUUCAGGAUUCGGACCAAGUGAUGUUGGAUGCCAUUCCCUCUGAAGAAGAGAUCAAGAGAGCGGUGUGGGACCUCGAUCCGGACAGCUCUCCAGGGCCUGAUGGCUUCACUGGAGCGUUCUUCAUAAAAUGCUGGGAUAUAAUCCAUGACGAUGUCUACAGAGCUGUCAAGGGUUUUUCUUCAUCAGGGCAGACCUCUAGAGGCGGCAAUCUUGGUCUCAAGGUAGACAUCAAAAAGGCGUUUGACACUAUCUCUUGGGAGUUUCUAUUCCAAGUGCUCAGAAGGUUUGGUUUCUCUGAAAAAAUGAUUGGCUGGAUUCAUACCUUGCUUCAGUCGGCCAGGAUUUCUGUGCUUCUGAAUGGUGAUCCUGUGGGUUUUUUCGAAGUCAGCAGAGGGCUACGUCAAGGAGAUCCCAUCUCCCCCAUCCAAUUUAUUAUUGCCGAAGAGGUUCUCUGUCGUGGCAUGAGUGACUUAGCCGCUAAAUCUCAUAUAAAGCCUCUAUUGGGUCCUCGUGGUGCUGAUGUCCCUACGCAUCUCUUAUUUGCCGAUGAUGUCUUCAUUUUCAUGAACGCUUCUAAGAGGGACGUUAGAAAUUUGAAGUCCUUCCUUGCUAUCUAUCAAAAAUGCUUUGGGCAGUUUUUUAAUUUAGAGAAAAGCAAAUUGUUCUUGGGGAAAAUUCCUUUAGUAAGGAAGCAGUGGAUUGCAGAAGAGUUGGCUGUUAUGGACAAACUUAAAGUCUGUCAUCUCUAG